AUGCGCUUUACUUCACUCGCCGUUGCCUUCCUUGCAUGUGCCUUCGUGGUAUCUGGAAGUGUGAUCCGUGAAAAGAGACAGUGUGGAUGUGCUAAGCCACAGCAGAGCCAGUGCUCAUGCCAACAAGUUCAACAGACUCACUCUUGCUCAUGCCAAUCUGCUCCAGUCCAACAACAAGCCCCAUCCUGCUCUUGCGCUCAGCCACAACAAACCCAAACUGUUCAGGUUCAAGCUACUCAAUGCGCUCCAGCCUGCCGACAGAGCUGCACACAACAGUGCCAGUCCUCCCCAUCGGUGUCCCAAUGCCAACCACAAUGCCAACAACAAUGCAAUGUUGCCUGUGAUGCUCCAUCCACCACCACCCAAGCUCCACAAGUGAUCCAAAUCCAACUCGAGAUCCAACAAGCUCAAGCUCAAUGCCAGCCACAAUGCCAACAACAGUGCCAGUCAUCGUGUGUCCAACAACAACAAUCAUCCAACCAAUGCGACUCUGCCUGUAACACCCAAUGCUCCAACAUCUGCCAACAAACCGCCCAGGCCACCCAACAAGUCGUCUACAACACCAACCAAAACACCAACACCCAGAUGUAUGAUCCAUACAACAACCAAGGAUCCAACAACUGCGCUCCAGCUUGCCAGCCAGCCUGUGAUAACUCCUGCACUCAACAAGCUCAACCAAUGUACCAACCAUACGAAACCACAACUGGAGCUCCAGCCCAAGUCAUCCAAAUUGUUCUCCAAACCUCUGUUGCGCAAUCUGCCCAAUGUGCUCCACAAUGCGAACAGUCCUGCCAGCAGCAAUGUGUUCAACAACAACAGCCAGCUGCUCAAUGCCAGACUGCCUGCCAGUCUUCCUGCUCCAACUCCUGCCAAGCUGCUCAACCAGCCACCCAAGCCUGCCAACAGACCCAACAGAACUCGUGCUCCUGCCAAGCCAACUACUCUCCAUGCGGAAAUGGACAAUGCUGCCGCAGAAAGUAA